GUCUUGGAAAGCUGAAAAAAAGACAGAGAGGAGCUGGCCAGCUGCAUGUGCCACACUCACGACAGGACCUGGAAUUCAGAGGAGGACUCCCAGGCAAAUAAAAUGACAGAUCAGAUCACCGGGACCUUGGUUUUCACUGUCUUCACUGCCGUGCUGGGUUCCUUCCAGUUUGGAUAUGACAUUGGUGUGAUCAAUGCCCCUCAACAGAUAAUAAUUACCCAUUACAGACAUGUUUUGGAUGUUCCACUGGCUGACCGAAAAGCUCUCAGCAGCGAUGCUAUCGCCAGUACAGAGGAAAUGCCCAGAACCCCCAACCUAAUGAAUUCAACGCCAACCCCUCCGCCUGACGAAGAGCUUGUGGAAGAAGAUUCUGGCCUCAUCACCAUGCUAUGGUCCCUGUCUGUGUCCAGCUUUGCAAUUGGUGGAAUGAUUGCAUCAUUCUUCGGUGGGUGGCUUGGGGACCAGCUUGGAAGAAUCAAAGCCAUGUUGAUAGCAAACAUUCUUUCAUUAGCUGGAGCUCUCUUGAUGGGAUUUUCGAAAAUGGGACCAUCUCACAUUCUUAUCAUUUCAGGAAGAGCUGUAUCAGGACUCUACUGUGGGCUAAUUUCAGGCCUGGUUCCAAUGUACAUUGGUGAAAUUGCUCCAACCACACUCAGGGGUGCUAUUGGCGCUCUUCACCAGCUGGCCAUUGUCACGGGCAUUCUUAUUAGUCAGAUUGUUGGCCUUGACUUCAUCCUGGGCAAUCGUGAGCUGUGGCACAUCCUGCUUGGUUUGUCUGCUGUGCCAGCUGUCCUACAGUCUCUGCUGCUCUUCUUCUGUCCAGAAAGUCCCAGAUACCUUUACAUCAAGUUGGAUGAGGAAAACAAAGCAAAGAAAAGUUUGAAAAGACUCAGAGGAGGUGUUGAUGUCACCAAAGACAUCGCUGAGAUGAGAAAAGAAAGAUCAGAAGCAUCAAGUGAACAGAAAGUCUCCAUAAUUCAGCUCUUCACCAAUUCCAGCUACCGACAGCCUAUUCUGGUGUCAUUGAUGCUGCACAUGGCUCAGCAGUUUUCUGGAAUCAAUGGGAUAUUUUACUAUUCAACCAGCAUUUUCCAGACAGCUGGACUCAGCCAACCUGUUUAUGCAACCAUUGGAGUUGGUGCCAUCAACACAGUUUUUACUGCUCUUUCUGUGUUCCUCGUGGAGAAGGCGGGGCGACGCUCUCUGUUUCUGAUUGGAAUGAGCGGGAUGUUUGUCUGUGCCGUCUUCAUGUCUGUGGGACUCGUGCUCCUGAAUAAAUUCGCUUGGAUGAGUUACGUGAGCAUGGUAGCCAUCUUCCUCUUUGUCAGCUUCUUUGAAAUUGGGCCCGGCCCCAUCCCCUGGUUCAUGGUGGCCGAAUUUUUCAGUCAAGGACCACGCCCUGCGGCUUUAGCCAUAGCGGCAUUCAGCAACUGGACCUGCAAUUUCAUCGUCGCUCUGUGCUUCCCAUACAUCGCGGAGUUCUGUGGACCUUAUGUGUUUUUCCUCUUCGCUGGAGUGGUCUUGGCCUUCACUCUGUUUACAUAUUUCAAAGUUCCAGAAACCAAAGGGAAGUCCUUCGAGGAAAUCGCGGCAGAAUUCCGAAAGAGGGGUGGGUCAGCCCGCCCGCGGAAGGCAGCCACAGAAAUGAAAUUCCUUGGAGCUGCAGAGACUGCGUAGAGAUAGCCUGCUUUUUUAUGAACAGAAAAAGGAAGGAGCCUGUGUGUUUUCACAUGACAAUUCUUUGAGACUUGUAUAUCAAUAUCUUGAAGUAUUGUUUUAUUUUUUUAAAGAGCUUUUAUGGGCGCUGAUCAGAAAUGUCAUCUAAUAUUACCAAAGAAAGUAUUCUUUUUUAAGUUACAGAACUAUUUUUGAUAGUAAGACUCUGUAAUUAAGUAAACCUAAAAGCCUAGCUCAUUUCCCUACACUGAAGGGCAAGGGCAUUCUAAUGUUCCUAGUUCUAUUCUGUAUAAGGAGGUUCUCCUAAAAUUGAAGCCGUUUCAAUGGAGCAUAUUAUUGCUUCCUUAAGCACGUGACUAGAAACCUGAAGAUACCACUGAUAAUUGCAUAUUUGAACCUGAUUAAGGUGGAAUUUUCUCAUCCACAGGCCUCACACUAAAGGAGAUACGGCUAGUGGCAGUAAAGUCCGUUGUAAAAUUGAUAACUUUUCCAUUUCUCUCACUCAGUUUUCUUCCUGUGCAUUGGAAUUUACAUUUCGUUUAAAAUUUUUUAUGUUUCCUAUAUAUUCAUGUGGAAUGAUAUAUUCAGUAUAUUAAAAUAUGUUUGUAAAGAAAAACUUUAAUUUUUAGUAAGCUUACCAAACUCUUUCAGUACUUGGGAAAACAAACAACAUUUUAGUUCGUUUGGUGACCAAAUCGGUUUUUUCAGAUUAAACAGUAAAAAAGUUUUACCUGGUAAUGUAGCAUGAGUUAUCAGUUAAUAUUAACAUCUAUUAUAAAUCCCUGUUAAAUCACUUUCUUGUUGGUUUUACCCUUUGGGCUAUGUUUUGUUUUGCUUUUUAAUUGAGCACAGCCUGGUUUUCUGAGCUGUGUUAUAAAAUAGAGUCAGUGAGAAGUCAGGCGUUUGGUGUAUCUCCUCAAACCCCAAUAAACUAAAGCAGGCUAACUUAGGAAAUUUGAAGUGAAUGAUUGCUGUUUUUCAAAAGAAAACAUUUUCUGAAUCAAUAUGUUGCUAAACAGGUUGAAAAGGUAGGGUUGGCGAACUCAUGAAACUUCAUGACUGUUCAAUUUCAGACUUGAUCAAAAUCCCUUUUUAACUUUCCUGGAAAACUGAAUUCGCUAACACAAAACGACCCCCUAUCGCUUCCCUCUUUCUCUCAGCAAUAUGCGGAUGCUAUCUAAGCUGUUCUGCUGCAAUUGCCAGCAUUUAUUGUGCACUGCCUAUGUGCCAGGCACUGUUCUAAGUGCUUUCACUUAUGUAGGCAAAUUGAAAAUACACUGAUGAUGAAAUAGACUUUUGCUUUACAACUAUGAAAGUACAGUUCUGAUGGAUACCAAAGGCUUAGUGGGGCUGUUUGCCUCACAAAGUGGAGCACCUAAUCCAUCCUUAUUACGUUUGCUUUAAUGUGCAUAAUAUUACUCAAUAUUUGCUUUUUCAUUGUUGUUGCUUACCUUUAUGUAAUUAGGCAGUCCAAAUAAUGAAAUUAUUUCUUUUCA